AUGUGCCUGGCAUGGCGUUUGGGCUCCAAGAAGGGUCUUGCCCUUCAGUGGCCGCUGCAUUGGGUCUGUGACGAGCCCUAUGGCGGUCAGGCGGGUGCGGGGCCACCACCGCCGGCAUGCCCACCCCCUGCGCCUCACGUGGCCGUCCGAGCCAAAGAGGCCCUCUCAGCAGCACGUCACCGAAAAGGCGUUCGCCAGCUGCCGGAGCCUCCCAGGCAAAAAGAUCAAAGCAAAACCAAGCUGGAGGAGGGGCAGACUGGCAAGGAAGUGUCCCAGAAGAUUGCAGAGGUGAUGGCGGCUGCUCGGCAGCGCGUUGAGCAACUCAGUCCUCGUCAAGAGUUGAAGCGGCGCGCGGAACAGGCGCUGAAGGCCGCCAAGUAUCGCGGGGCAUCUCCGGAGAGCAGAAAGAGGUACGAGGUGGAGCAAGCCUUGGAGCUUCGAGCGACGAAGGCGAUUUCUGAGGCCGUCGCACGAAAGUGUACAGCUGCUGAUGUCUCAGGAACUGAGCCUGAAGCUCCGUGGGAAACCCACGAGGAGAGCAUGCAAUGGGAGGAGCAUCCCACAGAUUAUUUCGCUUGGAUGGAGGCUGGCAAUAUGCUCCCAUCAUCCAGCCACGCAGAGGCGCAGUCAUCCGAGGACUUCGGCUAUGAUCUGUGGCAGGAUGGCAGCCUCGACUGGGACACUCAUUGGCCUUUGAGAGGUGACGAUGCGCUGGCAUUGAUGCAAGACAGGUCCAAUGGCAUGACAAGCCUCUCUCAGUGGGCGCCAAAGCGCUUUCUUCCGACACGCGCAGAGGAGACGGACGUCUUGCGGGCAUGGCCAGAGCCUACCACGGCUGCCUCAAGUACCCGCUCGGUGGCAUCAGCCGCCGAUUCCAACUCGGAGACAGGACCUGCACACGAGGACGAGGAGGCCGACGAGUUGCUUGCCAGCUGCUGGAAGGCGGUGACAGAAGCUGCAGAGGUGUAG